UUGUCGUUGCGUCUUUCAUCUUUGCUCUUUGUUGCUCGCCUUCUAAAAGCUCGCGCAUGUGUGUUUUGAAUUAACAUUUGAGCUAGCGGAAGCGCUAGCAGGAUUUAGCGUCGCAUGCAGCUGUGGGCCGAAUUUAUUGAAAUAGCCGCUUUAAACGUUCUAUUGUAAAAUUACUUUUGUUAAAGUGUUAUUUUCAUUAUUUAACUCAACCAUGUCUUGUAUAGUGUGUUUCUAAACCGACAUACCUCGUUAUGGCAUACGAUUCGUAAUAUCAAUCCACAGUAAUACACGGUGUGUCGAAAGUAGGUAUCGUGUAUUGUUUUAUUGGAUUGAUUUAUGUGUGCCGAUACAGUGAAAAAUGGCAGAUAAUUUGAAUCAAUCCUUGAUUCUAUGGCACCAUUUGACAGGUACCCACGAAGAAAGGGACUUUUAAAGAAAAGUAAGGAAAGGUGCAAAUUAAAAAGGGGGAAAUGAAGGAAGGAAGGCGAGAAGAAAAAAGCAGGUCUAUGUUGGAAGGAAGGGAGGACCGUGACUGUAAAGAACCGGAGCAGCUCAGGAAGCUCUUUAUUGGUGGUCUGAGCUUCGAAACCACAGAGGAGAGUUUACGGGCCCAUUUCGAGCAAUGGGGAACACUGACAGACUGUGUGGUGAUGAGAGAUCCCAGCACCAAGCGGUCAAGAGGCUUUGGCUUCGUGACCUAUUCCUCCAUGAUGGAGGUGGAUGACGCCAUGAAAGAAAGGCCUCAUAAAGUUGACGGACGAGUUGUUGAGCCCAAGAGGGCCGUGUCCAGAGAGGAUUCCAAUAAACCGGGCGCUCAUCUGACAGUGAAGAAGAUCUUUGUGGGCGGUAUCAAGGAGGACACAGAAGAGUACCACAUCCGAGACUAUUUCAAGAAAUAUGGCAAGAUUGAAAGCAUCGAAAUCAUGGAGGAACGACAAACCGGCAAGAAAAGAGGCUUCUGCUUUGUCACAUUUGACGAUCAUGACACCGUCGACAAAAUUGUUGCUCAGAAAUACCACACCAUCAAUGCCCACAAUUGUGAGGUCAGGAAAGCACUCUCCAAACAAGAAAUGAACGUGAUGUCCAAUUCCAGGGGGAGAAGUGGAGGCUCCAGUAACUUCAUGGGCCGAAGUGGUAAUUACGGCGGUGGCGGUGGCAACUAUGGUCGAGACAACUAUGGUGGAGGAAGAGGUGGUUACGAUGAUUUUGAUGGUCCUGGUUCAAAUUAUGGUGGUGGUGGAGGAGGAGGUGGUUAUGGAGGGCGAAACUAUGGAGGAGGAGGAGGAGGAUAUGGUAAUCAGGGUGGUGGAUUUGGUGGCGGCUGCGAUGGAGGUUACCGGGGUAAUGGUGGAGGUUACGGCGGAGGCGGAAAUUACAAUAAUUGUGACAACUAUGGUGGCCAUCAGUCCAACUACGGGCCCAUGAAGGGAAACAGUUUUGGUGGCAGAAACUCAGGUGGUCCAUAUGGAGGUGGCUAUGGCUCCGGCGGAGGUGGUGGUGGUGGCGGCGGUGGCUACGGCUCAAGGCGCUAUUAAACAUUACAUUGAUGUGGAAAGCGGACGAAAAUCUGUAAAGACGCGAUAACAUGGAAGGGUCUGGAUGGGUAAGAUUUUUUUUCCAAAUAUUAUACAAGGAUGUUGAAAAAAAUCAUUAACUUAAGUCAACUCAAAUAAUUAUACAAGUGUUAAAUAUAAAUAAGAAAACGGGUCUUACAGGCGACAUCCCUGAUCUAAACCCCCAGUUAAAACUUGAAAUAAGAGGUCCAGUCUUGUUCUACAUUAACUUUCAUAAUAAGUUGAGGCUAAUGAGCAUUAUCUGAAAAGGGCUGCAAUGAUUGAAAUUGUGCUAAAUUGGUAUAUUUGCCAAGUUGGUUUCUUGCUCAGUGCUAUUUAAAAAAAAAAAAAAAAAAAAAAAAAAAGGAAAAUGACAUUAAGGAAUCCCUUGCUAUCCCAACCAGGUAUUAUCCUACACAAGAUCCUUUUAACAUUAGAUUUCUUUACAUUUCUGCUCAACAGACUAUCCUACAUGCCAAAACUUUAUGAAUUAAAAUGUUAUUGUUGGUUUCACGAUCUACAAACUCCGAAAGGUUAGGCAUGAGCCAGUUAGCAGUUUAAAAAAAAACUCCUUUUCAAAAAUGCUAAAACAUCAGUGUUUCAAUCUCUUUUCAUAUUCUAAGAAUUACUUACUGUUUUAUUAUACUAUUUUAUUUCGAAAAGUUGUAUUUUGUUUCUGCUCAGGUAGGACAAAAAUAAAAAUUCUAGCUCAAAACUUAAAAUGAGAAAACCAAGGCCAAACACUGAAAUAAUACAUUUAUUUAUAUAUUGAUUCUUUGCCUGGAUCAUUUUCGGCACUUAGCAAAAUUUGUGUCAAAGUAAACUCACUUGUUGCUUCAUAAGUGAUGUGUUGGUAUAUUAACCAGAAGACAAACAACUGUGGGCAAUUAAGUUUUUACACACGUUUACAAAUAAUAAUUUAAAAAAGUAAAUAAAAUGAAAGCAAUCUCUUCAGUCUAAAAUACUGUAAAAAUGAUUUGGCAAGGAUCUUUGCUAAACAUCAGUGUUAUUGCACACAGUUAACAUCCUGUUAAAAACUACUUGGCUCACAGCCAUCACACAAAUACAGUACUAAGAAAGCAAUGACAAGAUGGAUUACUGGCCUUUAAGGACUUGCUCACAAAACCUCUGUAGAGGCUAAAAUCCUUACAUUUGUUAAGGUUUACUUUGAAUAAGACUAUCAUUGGAGCCUUAGAACAGCAAAGCUGUAGUUAUAGCAGUGACCAGGAUUUUCUGGGAAUUUUUUUGUGGCGCAGAAACUUCUAAGCCAAUGACUUAUUUGUUACACACAAACAAGUAAUUACUUGCAGCCUAACCAUAGACUUCAUAAUGAUAUUGAAGGGACAAGGGGCGCAUGGCUGAUUAAUAGGUGACCUGCAUUGUUGCCGUGGCCAUCAAAGCUGACCGAGUGGAAUCACAGAAGAGCUUUCUUCAUUGAAAAUUCUUGUGAAUAAAUGCUUAAAUCCCUAAAUUCUUUAUAGUUAUGGACGUAAAACAGUCUUGACCCUUGGUUUGAAGCAAAAAAAACAAACGUGCAGUUAGCAUAUAUUUUACGUAAAUAUGUUGAAGUACGAUGCUAGUCUGUCAGUCAAUGUGGCGGCCGCCAUAUGUAAACACAGCUUUUCCGGUGGAAAAUUAUUGUAAAUAAAUGCUUAAAUCCCUGAAUUCUUUAUAGAUAUGGAUGUAAAACAGUCUUGGUUAAAAGCAAAAAAAAACUGCAGUUAGCUUUUAUUUUACGUAAAUAUGUCGAAUUAUGCUAGCCUGUUAGACAAUGUGGCGGCAGCCUUACAACAAAGAGCUUUUUACGUUGAAAAUUCUUGUGAAAAAACGAGAAAUAUAAUGAUUACCUUGAAUCCUCGAACAAAUCAUUCCUAAGACAAUCCUUCCUGUUUGUAUGCGGUACAGCUUUCGUACUUUACAAGAUAAAUCCGGCGUUUGAUCGCUGCAUGUGUCGCUGUGACCGACUGCAAAUAACUAAAGCAGACUGGGAUAGCCCCCUACUUGGAGGCAUGGCACAGUGAAGGUCGAAUCUGAUCCGUCAAUAUCAUUAUGAAGUCUGUAGCCUAACCUACCGAACGUAUAAUUUUAUCUGCAAUGCCAAAGCCAUAGCUAAGGCCAGUAACAGCCCUGUAAUGAAUGACACACAUUAGCAUUGCGUUUGUUAGUUUUAUGUUUUAUUAUCAUUCUUUUAAACUGGUAGAUAAAUGAAUGUUGUAUAAAAUAUUUAGGAAUUAGGAAAGAUCUCCCUUAUUGCUAUUAACAUUCAAUAGAGAUUAUGCAUGACUUUGGUUUGAAUAAAGGUAUUUUUCUUGGAUUUGUGUUUUAUUAUUAUGUAAUGUUCUUAGUGAGAUAAUGUUUAUACAUUUUUUAUAACAAGUUUGCGGCAUGGUUUUUACCUAUUUAGCUAUGUCACUUUCCCUCUUUAAACAAACACCACGCACACACGCAUGCAUACGGGCUUGGCGGUUAAAGGUGGUGUUUGUGUGUGAAAGUGCAUGGCAGGCAAAUAGUGAUUGUGUGUUGCUUGUAGGCCUAGUCGGAUCAUUUUAAGAGUGUCUUGCAUCAACAAUUGUGGCCUUUGUUGUGCAACAAUAAAGCAGCGGGUGUGACUUAACUGACCUCUGUAUUAAAAGAUUUAGGUUACCGGUACUGUACAAAUAACUGCAGUAAAUGAAGGGGAAAUGAUUGGGACUUGGUCAAAAGCCCCAAGUUAUCUUAAUUUGCAGCUAUGUGAGACUUUCAAGUCCAGAAGUAACCCAAAUGUGUGGUGAGUUAUGCAACAACGCUACAGACUUUAUAUCCAUCUGGUUUCCAGUCUGGUAUAGACUUGCAAUGCUAUGCUUUCAUAGAAAAAUGAGGCCAUAUAGCUCUGGGAUGGUUUAUUGAAAAGCAUAAGAAUGUGCAGCAAAUCAUAGGGUGUUUGGUUAACGAUCACUUAGCAUACAUAUACAAUAUACCGUAUGAAUAUUUACAUGUACAGUAACAGUUAUUCAUCUCAGAUGUCUAUUUACAAAUAAUCACGUCAACUAAGAAGGCAGAGUACAAAAGAGAUAAAAUAUCAAAAAUAUUACAACAUCCAGGAAGAACCAAAAACUAUACAAUAAUUCUGCAGAGCUACUGAUACUUAAAGCUGAGAAAUUUGUUGCAUAGUGCGACUACAUGGCUGCAGUACAUUACUAGAAAGGGGUUGGUCUUAGCUUUUGAUAGUCUUUUUAGUACGAGGAACGAGGAAGACGCUACCUUCAGUGGACUGCUGCAGCGAGAAGUCUGAUGGGGAGAUGGAGUUGCCAUCCUCGUCCUUCAACAUGCUGAACACGUCCAGGUACAGGCUGUUCAGCUUUCUCUUCAUCUCUCUUAGGCUGCUCACAUUGCGGGACUUCUCACCCAGCAGACGUACUUUCUCCUCUUUGAGCGAGUCCAAAUCGUUCUCCAGCCCCACGAUGUUCUCCAUUUUGCGCUUGCGGCAGUUCUGUGCCGCCACCUUGUUCUUGCCACGGCGGCGGAUGUCCCGAACCAGGGCCAACUGGGUCUCAUUCAGCUGGUUCUUUGAGAUUAGCUCAUUGUAGUCGUCAACAGGCAGGUUUAUGAUCAUGUCGAUGCUGAAGGGGAUCUUGAGGGCUUUAGCCCUCUGUUCGUCUCUAGAGAGACGAGAAUCUGACCCUCUCUUGCGUUUGUCUUUAGUGAAAGGUGAGGAACAGUGCCCGUUGUCCUCUGACAGAUCUGUCAUUUGUCCUGUUGGCUCAUCUUCCUGGCUCUGCAAGUGGCCCGUUAAUGUGGACAAAGGAAAGACUCGUUGAUCAUCAUCAGGUUGAAAAUUCAAUGAGAACAUUUCAGAGUAGUCAGAUUUUGCACUGCCAGGGUUCUGUUCCAUCUCAUCCAUCUCAGAAUCACUACCGUCGAAACCCUCAUCGCCAUACAGAGAUUUCCCAGGUGAGCAUGCGUGGGGACUUGAGGAGAGUCCAGAGUCUAAGUCAGGCACUUCUGCAGGCACAUUGCAUCUUCCCCGCUCAAAUGUAUCAGGUGAGAGGCUGUACAAAGUGUGAACAUCGGACACGAUAUUGCAUUUUUUUUCUUCAAGAUCCUGUUGACUGCUGCUCCCCUCCGUUAUGGGGUCAGGGUAAAAUGUGUUGCAAAAGCUAUUAAGGUUGAAAUGAGUGUUUAACUGGGGAACUUCUGAUUUGAUUUGGUUUGCAUUGUCUGCUGGGGUGAUGUUGGGAACUGAGCUAUCAAAUGUAUUUAUAAAAACUGUAGGACACAUAUUUAAAGUAUUCUUCUCUUUCCCUGGACUGGACAUGGGGUAAAGGGAGUAGUUUGGAUCCUUUGCUUCAGUGCUGUUUAGAAGGGGGUAGGCCGUCGUCUCUAGUGCCUCUUCUAUUUGUAGGGUCAGGCAUUGCUGAAAACAAAUUUUUAAAAAAACUCAGUACAAGCAUUUUUUUUUUUGCUAUGUGAGCAAAGUAUUGACCCUGAACAACCACAACACCUUCCUGCAAUAUUGUCCUCAUAAACUUGCUUGAGUGAGACGAAGAUUUUGGCAGACAAUAAUUAAGGCACUAUUAAAAUUCAACUUACGUCAUACAAAUUAAUGUCCAAUGUGGCAACACACCCGUCAACUAAUUAAACACAAUUGCUUAUUGCAUGAGACAUUUUCUAAAGAAUUGUAUACAGUACAUGUUUAUAGAUUCAACAUCUGUUCUUCCACAAAGCUGUUAAAUCUGACGAUACGCUGUCCCAUAUGUCCCUUUUGCUAAAUUACAUAAUGGCUACUAUAACGUGGCAGUAACGUGGAUCCAGUGUUAUCUACAAAAUGCAGCAAGGAGAGACUUGUCGAGAGCCUGUCAGUAUAAACGACUGCUGUGAAAAGUGAGCUUCACCCAUUACCUCAAGCUGUUAUCUAAUGCCUUCCAAAAAGAAAGGGUUAAAGAUUGCUACACGACUACUGCCGCUAUGCCAUGUUCCCAUGCAUACCGGUGCACCAGCAAAGCUUUCCAAAACUGAGUAUUUAUUAGAGUGGAACUAUGUGUAUAAAUAAUUGUUCCUGUGACCAAGCUACUCUAUACAGCAAAUUAUUCAGCUCGUACCUGCAGCUCAGGAAGUGACAGCAGCUCCAUCCAAGCCUGCUCGAUAUCCAGAGACUCCUUCUGUGACUGGGGUGCUGUCAGAGGAUCUGGUGAAAGUGUUAGAGGGGCCAAAGAUGGCUGCUCGGGGGAUGUCAAAACGCUGCAGCUGCUGGCACUCGUUUCCAGGCCAACAGGCACAUCCUAGGAGGUAAAGCAUAUGGUUAUUUACAUUUUACAAAUGUUGUGUUGAAGGACCUGGAGUAAAUUACCUCAUUUUCCUCAACUGGAAACGUCUCUGCGAGGAGUUGCAAGCAUUCAUCAAAUGACAACGUCUCAGCACUCUGCUGUGUAAAGCUGACAUCCUGUAAUGGACGUUUAUUGACUUUUUAUUAUGUACCACCAGCUAGAAGAAACAAAAAUGUAAACAAAAAAAAGCCUACAGGUGCCUUAUUCGGUUGGAAAACGUUACUCUGAAGCCUUCAAGGAGAGUGCUAGGCACAGAGCUGCCAGGCUGGAAUUUUAGCUUAACAGUUAGCACGCUUGACUACCAACCGGUGACGUUUUUGGUACAGUGAGCAGGAACUCACCAUUGUACAACAGUGGUACGAUCAAUUGUGAGUGCCCCAAUUAUUAGUUUAUGAGCCACAAGCUUGGUUUAUCAGAGUAAUAACAGUAUGAUAAGGGGUUGCCAUAUUUGUGGAAUUUUCUAAAAUACAUGGAAUGAGCACUUCUUCAUAAUCCUUUGUUUAAAAAAAAAAAAAAAAACUAUUGUGAAGGGCAGAAGGAUUGUUUGAUGAAAAGUAAAUGACCUAUUUUACUCCUCUCAAAUAAUGUCCCAUUUUUGCCAUUUAAAUGGAAUCCUCGCCCAGGUACACCACAGUAGUUGUGACAUUGAUUUUGCGAACGCUUCUGAAUUUUUGAAUGUGCAAGAUUAUUGGUGGAUAAUUUAACUGAAUCAGAGCGCAGUUUCCUGACUAAUGAAUGGAAAUCUGCACUUUAGUCACAGAACAUUUUAAACUUGUUUGUCAAGGUACACAGUAUAUUACAAGACAUCUAGAAUCAAAGACGAGCAACACUACAGGGCAACCUUUGCCUCACUAAUGACUCGAGUCAGUAACUUAGCAACCACAAAAAGAAACAGGAGUGGCUUGGCCCGUUCAUGCAUAACAGAGUUCAUGUGUGGGUACCUGUGCAACCUCCAAUGGCACGGAAGUUGACUGCAGUGGUGCGCUGGGUAACAGCCGUGGCACAUACUCCCCCGUCUCCUCGUCAAGCUGCAACUGUGCCAGGAGAGCCUUUUCCUGCUCACGGAGUAGGUGCAGCCUCUUCUCCUCCGCUAGCUCCUGCUGCCUCUGCAGCUCGUGCGCCUUCUGACGGUGGCUAUAGUCAAACACCUCACGCCGCGCCCCCAGAUCAAUGUCCUGCCUCCACAGAAUGUCGAUCAGUUCCAUGUCCUGGAAAGAAAAAGCAGUACGUUAGGAUUGGUGGCACAGUGGGAACAAUGGGCGGAGGGAGGACAAAUGAAGCCAGCCAGUGGAAAAUGUGGCUGCACCUGCCACACCCUGUCCCCCGCUGCACCUUGCUGACAACGUAGCCAUUAAUGGCACGGGUGAACAAUAGUUGUUACUGCUAAUAUUUAGCCAGUUGACACCACAUACAAAAAGUCCUCCAAUUUUGUGGAAGGUAUAAAUGUAUCACUCGUUUAAUUUUCACAGUUGAAGUCUCACUCAGCCACACAAUGUGUUACAAUACACCUGAAGUCAUUUUUUAAUCCGGCUUGUCCUCACGAAUAAGCAAGUAUCUAUUCCAGCUGAUAAUGGGCGAAUCAAGCAAUACAUCUUGGACAGAUCGCCAUACAAUCACAGGAGAUUGCUGGGCUAGUUUUGUGGGAGGAAGCUGGAGUACUGUGAGAAAAGUUACACAAUCAGGAGAACAUUGAAAUUUUACGUGAAGGCUAGAAUCGAGAUUUGAACCCUGAACCUCAUAAAAAUGAGGCAGGCGCAAUUGAAUAAAAAACAAAAAAUAAUAAAUGAUCUUAUUCACAUUCACACAGCUUGCAAAGAAAAAAUGCCAUUACAUUCCCAGAUUUCUUUAGAAUGUUGACACAAUAUAAAUACAGUAUAUGUGUCCCAUAAUUUCACAAAUUCUUUCGGUUUUCCUUUCGCAAUGUAAGUCAGUCUUUCCAUUCCUAUGCCUUGCGACAGUCCAAUUAUGUACUUUCUUGAUUUUAAAGCACUACAUUUACAAUUAUUGUGUAACUUUUCUGAAUUUAAGAAUAUUAUUUCGGUCUUCCAUAAACAUAUUGACUUAGUUACUCGUAAAUGUGUAUAUUUGGUGUCGUUUGUGCUAUGAUUUAGCAAGUGCAAAUAUGUGUACUUCAUUUAUAGUCAACGAUGACUUAUACGAGCUCCACAGUUGAUAUUUUCGCUUCCUUAACGUUUAAGCCUCUGCUGGAUAGCACUUAAAAACCAAAAAGAUAGGUCUUUUUAAACAAGGCCAUUCCAAAAUAAACUGUGUUCUUUGAGUUAAUAACCAGAACUUAUUUACAGAAGGAAACCAUUUCACAAGCACCCUUGAAUGUUUCGUCAACCAACAUGUGUGGAAGUCUUUAAAAGCAUGUGACUAGUAUACGGCUCAGAAGUAGACAUAAUUCAUAUGGAAGCAUGUGACUUGUAUAUGGCUCAGAAGUAGACAUAAUUCAUAUGGCUUUCAUACAUUGGUCUCAAUAAAAGGAAAACUGGCUAGGGCCCAAAGCUGAACCAAAUGGAAUGUGUAAAAUUAAGAUUCAUUUCAGUGACCAAAUCCUUGCCUCUGUGUUGCAUCAUAUUAAAAGAUAACUCAGACUGACCAUUUGGCAUUUACACAGGCUCCAAACAAUCCAUGUAGACAGGCAUCGCACAUCCUAGCUUUGUAGAUAAGACACGAAAUGUUGAUAUCUCAAAAAACAAUUGACGUUCCUGGCACACUGCCUGUGGGCCAUCAUCUCAUCACAAAUAAUAUAAGCAACUUUAAACAGUUUACCGUCACCAGGCCUUCUUUGCCACCAGAACAAGGAAACUAAGACCAUUAAAAUAAGGACGUGUUUCCCUGUCCUCACUACACUAACAAUGAACAUUUGUAUGCAACAUGCAAAACCGCAUGCCUUCCAUUUAGACAAUUAUCCUGUUGUCAACAUUUUAAACCAUUACAGACACACCAUGAGAUCAAGUCACAAAUGCUGUCAAAAUAGGUGAGAGUUGAGAAGACUGCAUUUUGGGAAAUUGUUCUUUAAAGUACUCUUCUCUAAUUUAAAAAGGAAAAAAAGUACACAAAGGGGACAAACUCCUUUCAUCAUAUCAGCCUACAUGGCCUCUUGACCGCUCAUGAUAGAACACACACAUGUCCCAAAACAGCAAAGUGGCUUCAGUAAAACUCAUGGAUUAGGGGAGCCUCAAACCACCAUAAUUUAAAGUGCGUACGACAGGAGAAAAAAAGUCUUAAAUAGGAUUAUUAUGUGAAUUAGAAUCAUAUUUUGAAACGAUUCGACGAUAUACAACAAUUUCGCAAAGCGCAGAUGACGAGAAAUUAGUCUUUUAAUCUGCCGAUUAGCCACGUCUACCAUUAUAGGGCUCUGGCGUCCCCAACAGGUGGAUGGCGUCAGCGGAGUCACGAUUUCAUCUGAUUUAGUAUGCAGCCAAUUGAGGGGGAAUUAUUCACAACGAGGAAAACGUGACGAAUAGAGCCGCAAAAUAUCAUUGUUUCAGUCUCUCUACUCCAAUAUUUUUACAGGAUAUUUUCUUUGUCCGAGUAUUUUUUCCCAAUUGCUAAAUAAAUUGCUUCAGAAGGACCAGUCAGCCCGUUGAGGGGGAAUUAUUCAGAACGAGGAAAACGUGACGAAGAGAGCCGCAUAAUGUCAUCGUUUCAGUCUCUCUACUCCAAUAUUUUUACAGGAUAUUUUUAUCCAAGUAUUUUUCCCCAAUAGCUAAAUAUAUGGCAUGAUCAUGACCAGUGUUGUUAAUAACGCCGUUAUUUUUUUCAGUAGUGGGUAAUUUAAUUAAUUACUUUUCUCAUCUUGGCAACGCCGUUACCGUUACUGAGGACGGAAAGGCAUGCAUUACUAUGCGUUAUUAUAUUGGUCGAAAAGUCUGAGGGAGACGGACUCACCGAGACGACAGCAGAGCAGGAGUGGGGAGGAGGCAAGAAAGUUGUGACGUCGAGCAAACGCGAUGCUAGGUAGCUCCAAUAAUACAUGUUGUAGCCGAUAGCCUACAAACUACGCCCGCAUGUUAUGGUAGAUAUCACAUAUACUGUAUAUAGAUAUAACUAGAUGCAAAAUGACAGACACGGCACUAGAUGCGUUAGUAAACAGCCGCCAUCUUAAAGCAGUAGACUUUUUAGGACGGCUCUGUUGUAGACCGGCCUAGCGAACCUGAGUAACUUUUUUAUCUAAAAUACUUCUAAAUCGGCAAAAUCUUGACUUGAAUCUAUCUUUAAAUGAUGAAACAGUUUUAAAACUUUCAUAUGUCGAAAGUAGAGAGAAGGGAACUAAUGCAAUAAUGAGAGCAAUUUUAACAACUUUUAACAGUUGAUUCAGGGUAAAGGGUAAAUUAGGGUAAAGAAUUGGGCUCGGGCCAAUUGUACCAAAAACCUUCACAAAAAAAUUCACAUAGUGUGGCCAAUGUUUUUUUUUUUUUUUUUUUGAGGGGGAAAAAAAGUAAUUAUCACCAAUUACUUUGCCAAGUAACUAAUUACUCUUACAUUCAGGUAAUUGAGUUACUAACGCAAUUACUUUUUGGGAGAAGUAAUUUGUAACUAUAAUUAAUUACUUUUUUUCAGUAAGAUUAACAACACUGGUCAUGACAAAUAACAGUCUUGUGCUAAAUGGAAUAUGAAAUAAUAAAAAUGCAUUUAUUCAAGACGACAUGGCAAAAUUACUCGAUAAUGGUCAAAACUGUUGACUUCACCUUUACUGUCGCACUCCCGACUGAUAUUUUAUGCAACCUAAAUCGGGCUUACGUCAUUUCCCUUCCCCGGCUUUGGGGAAUGUAAACCAACCAAGAGGCGUGAAAACUAGCUGACAUGCUAACCCGAACCGCGUGAUGUUUCAAAGUCUUCGAAGCAGAAAAUCACACAUAACUAGCCCAAAUCAUUUCACAUGACGAGUGGGUUGUCGAUUGUCUCCGCCGAUCGGCAAACCGCCCGGCGGAGAGCAAUUUACAGCUCGUUCCCCUACUACUACGGACAGGAGAGCUCGUCGGGGAAGCAGCUGGACAAUGACCGCCGAACAAACCGGCCGACGUCGGAGGAGCGUGUAGCUGCUAAAUGGUCAGCACGAAUAUGGCAAAAUAAUGCUUUACUACACGUAAACAGCGAGAAACUCAGUGGAGGAGGGCGGCUGCAGUUGUUUUCCAGCUAACAUGUGCAGCUAAUGUGUAUGAGGAGAGAUUUUAACAUGCCCAUCCAUGAUCAAAUGUAAGUAGUCCUUUAUUUAAAGAAAGUUUGUAGUGUUUACUUUGUAAUCACUGUAUUCGCGGCUAUUUCUAACUCAAAGUUGCAAUUUCUGAUCGGUCGGAAAAUUUGACAAAACACUUGGCACGGCUCUCCCGGCGGGGGGGAUGUGCGACAAGCCGCCGGUCGUCGGCCGAGGGGACAAGGAGCAUGUCAGCCACAAAAUGCAAGCCACCUACAUAUUAAAAUGAUCCCAGUAUUUGACAUAAUACAAAACACGAUGUUUACUCACUUCCUCGUAAGUCCCAUGGUCCCACAGUAGCAAGGCUUGUUUUGGCCAAUAUCCACUGGUGAAUGGGAACCUUUUGAAACCCCAAAAAGGCGCACACGCAUCUCACUCGUACAGCAAGAUUUUUCUGCAGCCGUUUGGCUGGCGUGAUGCGAAAAAUAAACGUAUUAAUCCGUAAAAUCAGCUGAAUCCUUAGUCCUUCUCAUACAACAGUACGGUUGUAUAGUGAAUAGGACUCCUUCCUCCAUACAUGUCACAGCACCCUAUUUCUCAACUCGAGACUGUUGAAGGAAGUCACUCAUUUUCAUGGCACGGGAUUCCAAAAACUAAAUAAAUAUAGCGGUCACUUCCACACACAUCCAAGCGGUCCGUUUCAUUCAGGAGCAUAAAAUACCGCAUGUAUUAUGAAAUAAACAUGCUUUUUCGUGUCACAGGCACUUUAAGCACAAUAAUGAUAGCUCUCCAUUCCCCACAACACAUAGAAUAUGUUGUUUCUUUCCUUUUACUGUAUUACAGGAGCUGUAGAUUGCUGUACAUGGAAGUAAAUAUGUAUAUAUAUCCAGCACAUGACUCGAGGACGUAGGAGAUAUGGGACGGAUUCUGACGCGUAAAGUAGCUCAUUGUGCACCGAUCGUAAACCACAAAUGUCCUCUCCCAUCCUGUAGUAUUUUGGAAACAGCUGUCAUUUGUGAAAAAACAAACACUACUCCGCUACUUUGGGCUACACUAGUCAUU